AUGCAGCCCGGAGCGCCUGUUCUAUGCCCGAACAUCCAAGUCAGCAAUGACGAUGAUGAGGACGAGCAGGGCUGGAAGUGUGCCGUAUCUAAGAGCAUGCGGCGACGUCUCCGCAGAGCCGGUCUCACCUCUCCACCGCGCAUACGCCUGCGAGAACAACGGACUUCGUUCCAACGCCCUCUCCCGCGCAUGCUAAUUGUCCUGCCGGAUGACACCCCGGGAUCCCUGCAAAAGAAGUUCUCAAUUGCAUUGGACUACCUUGAAAGCUCCUCCUCCGGUAGGCAGUUUGUGGCUGCCGUGCGUACCCAGUUGGACAGUGUUUUUACGUCUUUGCACCGGAGCCUCCCACAGCCUCCUGACCAUGAUUCUUCCGUCUUCUGUUUGUGUCUGGGUCUCGGCAAUCCUGCGGUGGAUCGAUCUAGCCUACGUCAGCUGGCCUUUUUGACCGCCUUAAUGAAGGAUUCCACUCUUUUCCAGCCCUCUAAGACCUACUUCUAUGAUCCUCUGCUGCGAUGGACCUCGCGGGAUUUUAUUCGUCGACUUGGGUUUCGCGUAAGUGGUAGUAACAAUUUUUUGUCAUUGACACACGCUAAUGUGUGUUUAGAUUAA